AUGGGUAGUACGGUGUCGCAUACCAACUGCGCCCCUAUUUUGCUAGUGUCAGCACUCAUUGGCUUCGUAUCAUUUGCAUUCACGCUCGGCACUUUCAUCAAAGUCUUCUGGUCGAAUCUUGGCACUUUUGCCGCAGCACAACAGGAGAUUCAUGACUAUCUUUCGAGCUUAAAGCAAGGACUGCUAGAGGAGAGACGGCAUCUCAGGCGGUCCAAACGGCGAUUGAGGAACACCAGGCGCGAUCAAAGUCACGGGCGCGCAGCGGGAAGUGGAAGUGACGACGACUAUGCACGAACUUAUAGCGGCAGGGGGAAAAGGAGGAGCAGCAUAGCAAGGAAACAUCCGAUGCAUUUCGAUCGCGAUAUGCAAUCCAUGCGCUCGAGUGGCGAGGAAGCAGCGCUUCGUGUGAUGCGCGUCACAGUAAAAGACUUGAUCAAAUCAUUCCGGGAACUCGAACAACCCUUCCUGAAAGCAGAGUUUCAACAGCAAGAUUCAGCACAAUGGAGUCACAAUUCACCAUCUCAUUCGUCGUACUACCUCGAGAAGCAUCCGGACACAGAGGACCGUUCAGCCGACGAUUCUCCUGGUGUGUCACACAUGCGCGCUUCAAACCGACUUGGUCACGAGUACCGGAAAUGUGGUUUCAAAGAACGCUGGAUCUGGGUGCGCAGGAAAGCCAGUGUGUUGAAUCUGAGCUCGGUCUUGAGUCGCGUUGAAGUGAGAAGGACGGCACAUGAAGUGGGUGAAGUCCUGAGUAUGGUAUCCAACAUUGGGAGGGAUCUUGAAGAUAUUCAGCAUAGCAUGCAUGCGCUUGAAGGGCGCUUGAACUGA